AUGUCAUCUUUACUCAAGAAUAUACCAAGUUUAACGCACCUGAGUCAGAAAUCGGUACUGGAAAUCACUGGACCAGACUCUACCAAAUUCCUCAAAGGACUAAGUUGCAAGGAUGUCGACAAUCUCGGUGGGGGUUAUAGUGGAUUCCUCAACGCAUCAGGAAGAGUACUGCAUACUUCAUUCAUAUUUCCAACAGUGAAGAAAUCAAUAUUGAAGAAUGGUAAUGUAAAAGAAGAGAAAAGUUAUUUGAUCACUCAUGAGUCUCCCAUCGAUCAUCCAGCGCCUUUACAAGAUUUUUUACCGCCGUUCAAGUUGAGAGCGAAAGUCAGGAUUAGAGAUGUAUCGGAUCAAUGGGAUUUGUAUUCUGCCUACGCCUCGACCUCAAAGGGAAAGGGGCCAGAGAGGAAUUGGAAAUUUGGGAGUGGAGGGGCAGCUGAAUCUCAAUGGUCAUGGAAGGACGGUGUACAGGAUAUGAAAUUGAAGGAGAACGAAGUUGGAUGUUGGGACUUGAGAGCUGGUUGGGGUGAAGGUGGGUUGGGUAGACAGGUAUUGGUACCCAAGGGUGAUAAACCCUCACUUGCCUCAUCUCACGAUACAGCGUCCAUCGACGAAUAUCAUUUCCGACGAAUGACACUGGGUGUACCCGAGGGUCCCAAUGAGAUUAUCCCAGGUCAGGCAUUACCUCUAGAAAGCUGCAUGGAUUUACAUGGAGGAGUCGAUUUCAGGAAAGGUUGUUACCUGGGACAAGAACUGACCGUUCGGACCUAUCAUACCGGCGCAACUAGAAAACGUAUCUUACCCAUACGUCUAAUUCCCUUAACCACCAAUACCAAUACAUCAUUAUCAGACUAUCUAUCGACCGCGACCCCUACUCAGAUACCUAUUGGACGGACGGACGAACAGCUAGAAAUCACUUAUACACCCUCUUCAUCUGCCAGUUCUAAAAAACCUAGAUCAGCUGGAAAGAUCUUAUCGCUCCAUCCAUCAAGUAUGGGAGUGGGAUUGGGAUUAGUCAGGAUCGAAUUCGCAGAAAGAUCAUGUUGGUCUACUAUCAAUCUUAAUCAAAGUAUAAAAGAUUGGUAUGAGAACGAAGAGAACCAUAGAUUGACUACAAAGAUUGGGGAUCAGAUAUAUGGAGUGUACGUGGAUAAAGGUGAAGCGUAUAGUGAAGCUUUGAAAGCUAUGGACAGGCAGGCAGGGGAUUUGUAG